AAGAAGAAAAAAAAAAAGUAGUUGACAGUACACUUAAAAGCUGAAAAGAAGAGGACUAAGACUGAGCCUUUGGGCCCUCCAAUAGUAAGAUAUCAGGGAAAACGAAAGGAAUUAGCAAAGGAGUUUUGAGAAGUAGCUCUUGGUGAAAUAGGAGGAAUUCCAAGAGUGAGGUGUCCUAGAAGCAAAUAAAGAAAAGGGAGUGAUCAGAAGUGAAGUAAAAUGAAGACUAACCAAUGACCUUUUGAAUUUAGGAAAUGACAGGAAUGGAAUUGGAAAGAUUAUGGACCCAUCUUUUGAGGAAUUUUAUGUAAAGAAGAGCAAGAAAAGGUUACAUGUGCCAUGGCUAUGACUAGUGUCAGAUUGCUCACUGGUGUUUUAAGAAGAUCAGAUGCCUGGAUUGGAUUCUGGAAUGUUCUUCAAGGGACACCUUCUUCACAUAAACUCUGUGCUUCCUGGAAUCGAUACUUGUAUUUUUCUAGUAGCAAGUUAAAUACAUCGAAGUAUAAAAUACUUCUCCAUAGUAUCUUCCCUUUGAGACUCCCAGGGCUUUUGGUAUCUCCAGAAUAUAUUUUUCCAUUUUCUAUAAGACUCAAAAGUAAUAUAAGGUCUAAAAAAUCCUCUAAAAAGACUGUGCAAAAAUUAGAGGAUGAAGAAGACUCUGAUGAGGAGGGUGAUCAUGAGGACAGGAGUGAGCAGGAAGCGGAGCUGGAGGAUGACCCUAGUGUAAUCAAAGACUACAAAGACCUGGAGAAAGUUGUGCAGUCUUUUCGGUAUGAUGUUAUCCUGAAGACAGGCCUUGAUAUUGGGAGAAACAAAGUGGAAGAUGCAUUCUAUAAAGGUGAACUCAGACUUAAUGGGGAAAAAUUAUGGAAGAAAAGCAGAACGGUGAAAAUAGGAGAUACAUUGGAUCUUCUCAUUGGAGAGGACAAAGAAGCAGAAACAGAGACAGUGAUGAGGAUUCUCCUGAAAAAAGUGUUUGAAGAGAAGACUGAAAGUGAAAAAUACCGAGUGGUGUUACGAAGGUGGAAAAAGUUAACAUUGCCUAAGAAAAAGGAAUCUGCAGAGCAUUUUGUGAAGAUUAGGAGACACUUCCUGGCCAGUGUUUCUCUCCAGACUGGAUCUGUGCUGCUUUCCCCCUCAUGGUGGAGAGAACCUUUUGCCCAGAGUGAGGCGUGUUCUGGAGGAGCAAAGCCCACGGAGGGCUUUAAUGACCUGCCUCCUGCUUCCCACACUACCUAUCUCACGAGUCAUUAUGAAAUAAACUGCCUUGUUGUUUCCUAGGAUUUUUAUUUGAAA